AUGUUCAGCUCCAGCCGCUCUUUCAUCCUCACUGUCCUUUCCCUCUCCGCCGCCUUCGGCGCCGCGCCCGCGCCUGCGCUCGCGGCCCCGUAUGGCAACCAGCCGCCGCACGGGAUCACGCACUCGCAUAUUAACCGCGCGAACGGGACGACGUUCACGCUUUCCCCGCGCGCGUUUGAGAACUCGCGAUUCACGUUCUACGACGCUGGCCAGAACGCGUGCGGGAGCUUCGACGAUUCGAAUGCAUUCGUCAUGGCGCUCAGCCCUUCGUUCUUCAACAACGGCCAGCACUGCUUCCAGAAUGUCAUGAUCGACUACAAGGGCAAGAAGGUGCAAGCGACCGUCACGGACGAGUGCCCCGGGUGCUCGGACUCGCAGGCGGACUUGUCGCGCCCGCUCUUCGCGGCCCUCGCUCCCCUCGACGAGGGCGUCAUUUUCGGCAGCUGGUGGUUCAACUAA